CUGUCAUGGCCACCCUAAGCGCUGACAACGUCGUUGUAGGCCGGUCUUUUUUCUGCCGCGGUGACGGCGUUCACAGUAGAGUCUUACCAAUGGCUUCAGCCAAACUCUUCCGACAUAUCUGCCCAGCUACUCUUGCAGAUAUCCCGGCAGCUUUCCGAUCCCAGCACAACAGUUCAGGUGGAUGGCGUCGACGACUUUUCGCCUUCCCAUGCUUCGAGGCGGAUCAAUGUUUUCUGGUUUCUCAGUCUCACACUGAGCCUUAUGACAGUGGUCAUCGGGAUAUUGUGCAAACAAUGGCUGGGAGAAUAUCAGAAGGAUCCCUCGUUACCGUACCGAGAGACCCUUGCCAUGCGACAGUUGCGAUAUGAGAGCUUCGAAGCCUGGAGAGUGCGUGAUAUCUCCUAGCCACGUUGCCUCUCCUUCUUCAAGUCGCCCUUGUCCUUUUUCUGACGGGAAUUAUGGAUUUGUUAUGGAGUUUGGACAAUGUGGUUGCAGCGAUCGUAACCUCGUUCAUCGUUCUUGGCUUCCUCGUGGUUGUGGCCACAACCGUUCUUCCUUGUCUUGUCCAUUUGCGCAACGGCGGCCGUUUACCUUGUGCUUAUCGAUCACCCCAAUCAUGGGCCUUUUUACAAGCAACCCUCUUUCUUCUCCGUGGUUUCAAGAAGCAGCACGUUCGAGGUGAUUGGCUCUCCAUAGAGACGAGUAACUUCCAGAAUUCCUUUGACCGCUUCGCCGCCCGUGGCGUCAGUUGGUUGGAUGAAAAGUUUUCUCAGAAUUUGACCAUGGUCAGGCAGCUGUUUCAUUGCAUUUCGGAUCUAGGGUGGAACAAUUUUCGCUCGCUCGAAUGUGUUCCAGAGGUUCCCAUCCGUGGGUCUCUAUGGAUGCGGCGUUGUUUAAUUAUCUGGCCAAACAUCAUCAGAAUCUUGACAAUGAGGCGCGUCUUCACGCGUUGGAAUUGUUAUUUCGAACUAUCAGUGUUCGGGAUCCUGCGGCGCCAGCCCGCGAUGUAAUAAAAUGGGAUCUUUUCCCUGAAGGUGAGUUCUCAUCAAGCAAAAAAAAAAAGAAUCA